GCUACAAAGUUUCCUAGCAACGCUUUCUGGUACAUCACUCAGAUUGUAGGCAAGAAGUUUGAUGAUCCUGCUGUUGCCCAAUAUCAAAAGCGGUUCCCAUAUUAUAAACUUGUUAAAGAUGAAGACAGGGGAACCAUCAUUUUCCAAAUAGAUGAGGAAACCCAGUACACACCAGAGGAGCUGUUGGCAAUGAUUUUAGAGAAAGCAAAACAAUAUGCUGAAACAUUUGCUGAUCAAACCAUUAAAGAUGUUGUGAUAACUGUGCCAUCUUUCUUCAACCAGGCAGAGAGGAGAGCUGUCUUAAUGGCUGGAGAACUAAGUGGCCUUAAUGUCCUACAACUAAUGGGGGAUAAUGCUGCAGUUGCCCUGAACUAUGGAGUGUUUAGAAGAAAGCAGUUUAACAACAGUAUGACAUAUAUCAUGUUUUAUGAUAUGGGAGCUACAAGCACUACAGCUACAAUUGUUGGUUAUCAAGUUGUUAAGAUGAAGGAAGGUACAAGAAUGGUGGAGAAUCCUCAGCUAGUUAUAAAAGGAGUUGGAUUUGACAAGGAGUUGGGUGGUCUUGAGAUAUCCAUGAGACUUCGUGAUCAUUUUGCAAAGUACUUCAAUGAACAUAAAAAGACAAAAACAGAUUUAUACACUAAUUACCGUGCUAUGGCAAAGUUACUGAAAGAAGCAAAGAGAGUAAAGAAAGUUCUCAGUGCUAAUGUGGAACACAUUGCCCAGAUUGAAGGGUUGCUGGAUGAUGAAGAUUUUAAGAUGAAGGUGACCAGACAAGAGUUAGAGGACAUGUGUGCUGAUAUGUUUAAACGAGUUACAACUCCAAUACAAGAUGCUUUAAAGGCUUCAGAAAUAACCAUGGCAGAGAUAUCAGAUGUUAUUUUGAUGGGAGGUGGCUCAAGAAUUCCGGCUGUUCAAUCUAGACUAAUGGAAUUUCUUGGAGGGGUAGAGCUAGGAAAGAGUUUGAACACUGAUGAGGCAGCUGCUAUGGGAGCUGUAUACCAGGCUGCAUAUCUAGGCAAAGGGUUUAAAGUUCUCACAUUUGGUGUAAAGGAAGCAAAUAUGUAUCCCAUUGUGGUGGAAUUUGAGAAACACAGAAAUGAAGACAGCACAGACCCACCAAAAAUCAUCAAGAGAACUUUAUUUAGUAGAAUGAAUGCUUAUCCUCUGAAAAAAGUCAUGACCUUCAACAAACAUUACAAGGACUUUAACUUCAAUGUCACAUAUGGUGAUUUAGAUUUUCUACCUGAAGAAGAAGCUAAGGUGUUUCGUGAGUUACAAAGUCAGAUCAGUGAGAUAGGUCUACGUGGUUUAGAGGAGAUUUACAGUAAACAUUCUGAUGCCAAAGAAGCCAAAGGGAUUAAAGCUCACUUCAAAAUGGAUGAGAGUGGAAUACUAACACUUGAUCUGGUAGAGUCAGUGUUUGAAAAGGAAGAUAAAGUUGUUGAGGAGGAAUCCACAUGGUCCAAACUAGGUGGCACUUUGACUGGUUUAUUUGGUAAUACAGAAGGCAAAGAUGUGGAUGUACCUCUAGAGAAAAACCAAGCUGAAGAGUGUCAUGUGGGUAGUGAUAAAGGUGAGUCCCAGACAGGGGAGGAGCCAAAAACAGGGGAUGAGACAAUUCAAGGGGAUAAAACAGACCAACCAGAGACCGAGAAAGCAAACACAGGCACAGAAGGCCAAAAGGAGGAGGAACUGCCAGCAGAGGAUGAGAAACCGAACACUGAUGAAGAAAAUGAAGGAAAGAAAGAAGAAAAAAAGGAAGAAAAAGAAGAGGAAAAGAAAACAGAAGAUGGGGAAACAAAAGAAGGAAAGGCAGAUGAAAAGAAGGAAGAUAAAAAGGAGGAAGAAGGGGAGAAAAAGCCAAAGAUAAUUAUUGUGAAAGAAAACAUUACAGUAGAAACAUCAAUCACUGAUACAAAACCACUUAGCAAAGAUAGUCUGAAAGCUUCCAAGAAAAA